GGAAACUGUCGAUUGUCAAAACGAAAGUUGAGCCUAGCGUAUUUUCCAAAAUACCUGACUGGAAUGUAUGAAUACUAUCUAUUAGGUCUAUUCAAGCGUAAAACAGUAUCACGGCCAGGACAAGGUUAUCCCUAGAAGUGUUCACCAGGCUGUAGAAAAAUGUCGUGUGAAAUCGAGACCAGAGUCCGAGUAUUACGUGAGGAAAUAGUUAGGUGUAUUAAAGAACCUACCAUAGUGUCACAUCUCGAAGCACGGUCGGUCAUAUCUACAGAGGAAGGUUCCAGAAUAAAGAACCUGUACUUGAAAGAUGAAACAUGCAAGGCAGGAGAAGAUCUUCUAGAAUGUGUUCUAAAUUCAAAGGAGCCUGGGAAAUGGAAGUCUUUUGAAGAUGCACUUGAAAGUUCAGAUUAUCAACACUUGAAGGCAUUGCUGUUGUCCAAUAACAAUUUUGAUGAAUUUUCUGCCCAUGCCAAAACAGUUAUGCGCUUGUUUACACCAUAUCUUGAAAAGAUAGUAAUUGCAAAAGAGUUCGUGUCAGAAUUGAGAGCCAGGGAUGUUAUCAAUGGAACUGAUGAAGAAGUUAUUAUGGCUAUGUUUGCAAAUAAAGGCGAUAUCUAUUCAACUAUGGUUCUGCUUGAAAGAAUGCAAUGUAGAGUACCAGCUCGGAAAUGGUAUUACGAGUUUCUUGAUGUUCUUAUGCAGAAAGAUCAUCAGCAAAUAGUGCAGGAGAUGGAGCCAGACUUUAUUGCAAAUCAAUCGUCGUUCUUGCCUGAGCUAGAUGAAGAAUGCGUGAAGUAUAGUAAACCAAUGUUAUCUGAUGAGGUCAAAGGUGCGCGCGGACCCAUACGAGAACACGUUGUUGCAGACUUUGAAGAGGGAGAUAUGGGUACAAAUGACCUAGGUGCACCUCCAACACCAUCGGAACGGCAAGAUUCCUUACACGAGAGUAUGCUCAUAAGCAAUCUAAAGGAGUUUAACAUAAAACCAGAAAUGACAAAAAGUCUUCAUGUCAACUCUGCAGACCCAACUGGUAGAGAAGAAGCCAGGUAUGAAGACAGUGGUGACGAGCAUGAUUCUAGUUCGCUGGACUCAGAUUAUGAAAAUAAGGAAUCUGAGACUGAAGGCGCCCAAACCAUUUUGAAAAAUCAGCCCCUCUAUAUAGACGGACACACUUCAGACUUGAAGGUAUAUAGAGAUGAACUGCGCACAGUACAAGUUCAAGGACUUCCCAAUAUCGGCAGGCAUUUAGAUGCAGUGACUUUAUACUUUAAAAAUAGAACUUGGUCUGGGGGAGGACCUGUUGUUAAAUGCACGUCUGACAAGGACAACGACGUUGCUUACGUUACAUUUGAAAUAGAAGAAGUUGCACAACGUGUUGUCGAUAGGCCUGGACAUUACUUAAAAGGUCAACUGCUUGAUGUGUCACUGUACAAGCCGAAAGAGAAAAGUGGAAAUACGUGUAAAGAUUCAGUUUCAAGAAAAAUACUAAUUACUGGGUUACCAAGUUCAGUUGACAAGGACUUUGUGGAAAUUUAUUUUGACGACUUUGAAAGUACAUGCAUAAUGCAAGUUGAAAGUGUUUAUAUAAAUCCGGAUGAUGCUACAGCAGUAGUACAGUUUCGUGACCAAGCAGCUGUGGAUUUCAUUCUACGAAGUCAGACUUUACAAAUGAAAGGGCAAACAAUCUCAGUUCAAGUUUAUGAAGAGAAGAAAGAGGAUUUCUACACAAUAAAAGUACAUGGACCUUCCGACAUUGAACGUGAAUUGGACAAGUUGCUACUUUAUUUCAAAAACAAGAAACGUUCAGAUGGAGGUUUGAUAGUAAAUAGUUCUGUUGACACUGGGAAGAAUGUUGCAUAUAUAACGUUUAAGGACCAGGAAGUCGCAGAGAGAGUAGUAGCAAAAGACCACAGUAAACAAGGAUUAGAAGUAAUGCUUGUGAGAGACCGAUCAGCAGAUGAGGUCUCUACGGAUCAAAAUGUCAGUACCGUGAAAGUUAGAGGUGUUCAAAAGAUAUUAACAAAAGACAUCCUUACUUACUAUUUUGAAAAUGAAAAACGAUCUGGGGGUGGCCCUAUUCAAUCGAUAUGGAGUGAUGAUGAAGAUGAAAACGUUGUGUUUAUCACAUUUUCAAAGUCUGAAGAUGCAAGAAAAGUUGUUGACAGAAAGCAUGAAAUUCAGAAAUGUUCGUUACAAGCUAGUCUGUACCCUCCUCCACCAUUUUAUGAUAACAAAGUACUGAUCAAAGGUGUACAAAGUAGUAAAAAUGCUUUAUUCCUAUUCUUGGAAGCAAAUGCGAAUGCUGAGCCUAUAAGUGUUGAUUAUCAUGAAGAGGAGGAGACUACUGUUUUAGUGACAAUGAAAACUACCACGGAUUUUGAAAAACUUGAAAAAGCCUGCAAGGAAAGAACUUUAGAAGGAGCCAGACUUACAGUUUCAAAAGUACAAAUAUCCAACUGCAUUUUCGUCUCCAACCUUUCACCAGUGGUUACAAAAGAAACAGUACAGUACUAUUUUGAGAACAAAAAGAAAUCUGGAGGAGGUGAUGUCGAAAAGGUUGUGAUGAAUGAAGAUGAGGUUGAGCGUACAUGCUUGGUGUACUUCGAAGAUUACAAAGUAAUUGACAGCAUUCUUGACCGACAACACAAUCUCGGUGCCAAAGAGGUAGAAGUUAAAUGUUUCCAAACAGCACUAGGACCCCCUGAAGGGGAGACGGUAGAAAAGACAUUCCAAGUACCACGGGCUUUUGAGAUAAAGGAUGCUGAUGUUCAUAAAGUCAAGUUUGUAGCUAAUUCCCCCGAGCAACGUAAAAGUUUUGAGCAAGAGCUACUUAAACAAUACACGGAAGUCAAAUGGCCGACGGAUACUGAAACACAUAUGCAUGUACAGCUUCAUUGUACGCUUACUAAAGAUACAAAAGGGUGCUUCAACAUUGCAAAAAGUUGGGAGAAACAAGCUAAGUCUGUGUUUUCAAAACUUAUGGAUGCGAUCGUACUCUAUCGUAUUUACGUCUUGGAAGACAUUAAACCAGAGGUGAUGGACUUCCUAAAAAUCAUUCAUAAAAGCGAACCAACCAAUGUAGCUAUUGUUACUGAAAAAGAGCAAAAGGUUUUUGUUAUUGUUGGCAAAAAAGCUAUUGCUGACGAUCUAGAGGUAAAAAUACAGGACACAAUUAAGAAGAUAAUACAUGGUGUUAAAAAGGAGAGGCAGAAAGUUACAGAAGUAUUUACAAAUAUAAAGCCAAUUGAGACUAAAAUGAUGGUCUUCGAAAAGCUCCCAGAGUCUCUGGAAAAAGAGUUCGGGGACAUAAAAGUGCAGAUCGCGGUCGAGAAAAACGAAAUACAUCUUCAAGGUUUGAUGAGUAGCAUCAAAAACGCAGAACUCGCUAUCUAUGACAAAAAGAGCAGGUUCGAAAUACAACAUAUUGAUAAUAUCUCUAAACUCGUACUCUCAUUAUUGCGAUUAGGAAAGACAAGUUCUUCGCUACAGCAAAAACUUCGAUCGAAUGGGAUUCCAGCAGUCUGGGAAAUAUACGCGAAUGGAAUCGCAGUGUGCUGUAGUAAACCAGGCUUUUGUGAGAAAGCCUUAGAAGUGAUACGUACAUUUUUCCAUGAAGAUACUAUAUCGACUGAAAGAUGCACUGUCCCAGAUUUAGAGACGGACAAAUGGAGAAGUAAAGUUGAAGAAAUUCAUGCAAUGCAUCCAGGUGAAGUACAAAUAGUACUUAGCGAUGAUUUGACUAAAAUCCAUGUUUGUGGAACGGCUGAUAUUGAAAAGUCCGUUAUAGAAGAAGUCCAGGGCUUUCUGCGGUCCAACACAAUCGUAACCAUGAACGUAUCCAACUCAAGAGAAGCUAAUUGUUUUCUAGAAAAGAACUGUAAAACGGAAAUAGACGACAUUUCUAGAAAGCUUCAACAAUAUUAUGUGAAAAUAAGAAGUCUAGAACAGUACAGGGGCUUUGAAAUUCGAGGUCUACAAACGGGUGUUCAAGAAGCAAACCUCCAACUUCAGAAGCUUAUGAACGGAAUUCAGCAAAAAAAACAUACAGUUUCAAAACCAGGAAUUGCAGAACAUAUUAGGUCAGCGAAAGGAAAAGACAGCAUUCACACAAUUGAAAUGAGAUUGUCAUGCGUAAUCGUCGUAGAAGAAGAUGAGGCUUAUAAUCAAACCAAACCUGUUAGAGCAGGUAGUAGCAGUGUUGGCAUUUUAUCAGGAGCAAUUGGUCCGAAGCGCGUAACGACAUUAAGGCGAUCUAACAAUACAGAUGUUUUGGGCAUGGCCGCAUCCAGCGAUGAAAAAGGAGUUAGAGGACGUAACGUUGAACCAGAUUUUAAUUCUGUUACUUUUAUUGUGUUUGCCCUGAGUGCGGAUACAAUAAGAACGGCUAUAAGGAAACUUGAAGACUCACUUGAAAAAGAAAUGGUUACAAAAGUCAUCGAUAGCCACACUAUUUGCCAACUUGAAGAUCACCAGGUUGAUGAAAUGAUUGGUAUAGCCAUCCAGUAUCAUGUUCAUAUUAGCAUGGAUAAUAACAGGGGUAUCGUUAAGCUCACUGGAAUAUUCCCAAAUAUCAUGACUGCUUCGGAAAAGAUAAAUGCAUUCCUUAGAGAUGCAGAGUGGGAGGAGUUGAUGAAGAGUGUAGCGCAGUGGUUUUAUAUCGAGAUGACAUUGACAAGCGAAGACGUGCGACAAUAUGAAAAGGAUAUAAAUUUGACAAUAGAAAAAGCCUACCGACAGCAAAAAGAUUCUGUUACAUUUUCAAUAGAUGGAAUAGACUACAUUCUUGACUUUGCAUCAAUGGAGGAGUAUCCUGAACACGAUAGUACAGAUAAAGUUAAUGUCUUUAGACGGGAUCUUGUUAAAGGUGGAACGUAUGAGGUACCUGGUCACUGGGAUGAUAUGCGCCACGGAAAUUUGAGGGUAGUUUCUUUAAAUAGUGAUUUAAGGGAAUACACAGACAUUGAACAAAUGUUUAAAGAUUCUGCAAAACGAAAUAAAGGUUCAAAUGAACAGACAAAAGACUGGACUGUUGUGAAGAUCGAACGAAUACAAAACAAAUCACUAUGGGAACAGUAUCAGUCUAAAAAGAAGCAACUUGAAGAUCAGAACCGACCGGGCACAUUUAAUGAGAGAGAACUCUGGCAUGGUACGAGUGCUGAUCUUGUUGACAGCAUAAAUGUCCACGGAUUUAAUCCAAGCCUCUGCGGGAAAAAUGCAACUGAGUUUGGUGAUGGAGUGUACUUUGCGAUACAUGCUUGGUAUUCAUGUCAAUACUCUAAACCAGACGCACAGGGAAUAAGAAUGGUGUACCUUUGCAAAGUUCUGGCUAUACUAAAGGAGAACAAGGAAUGAGAGUACCACACUUGAAACCAAGUGGCGGACCAAAUGCGCCAUAUGACUCUGUUACAAAUGAUAUGAUUACCCCGCAAAUCUUUGUCAUAUUUCACGACACACAGGCAUGUCCGGAAUAUCUUGUUUAUUUCAAAGAGUAGAAAACAUUAUUCGGUGUAAUAAUUUGACAGUUCAUCGAAAUAGAAAAUGCAUCUUCAAAUUUUUACUACCUUUACUAACGUAUGUAUGUAAAUGUGUGUGCGAGAGGGUUUGUUAUGCAGAAUAGGCCAAUGGAGGUAAUGUGUCACGACUUAAAUGUUACUACAUGUCAAAACUGACAAAUACAUAUCAUACCAUGAAAAUUAUUAUUCCACAAAGCCACCUUUACCAAACUGUAGAUUGUAAGGCAGAGUUGUUAUAUCUACAUAGCAUUUGAUGCACAUGCGAAGAAUAAAGCUAUUCACCGUACUGUUUAUCCACUGGAUAAGGUUUUGAGCAAGUCAGUCAUGUGUUGAUUAAUAUACAAAUACAUAUUCACUCACACAUAAUACCUCUCUCCUGCACACACUUAAUAUUGUAUGCACUGGCUAAUCAAUUCAAAUAGUUAUAGUUCAAAUGCAUGUUCUUAGAUGAAUCUAUACAGUUGACGUAUACUAAAAAUUGCGGCUGAUCUUGUGUUCCAUACGGCGGAACAUACCUCUAUUGGCUUCGAUUGUUUACAUACAUUACGUUGUUAUAUGAAAAACGUGCACAGACCGGACGCUGUCAUUUGAAAGCGAGUAUUGUAGAGCAUUUGCUAGUUCAAUAUUCACUGCUGGCGAUUUUAUCUUUACAAAACAUUAUGCACCACUAGAGCAGUAAACCAAUGUGAAAAAAACAGCAAUAAUUUCUGAUAAUAACGAUUGAAUUGUGGUUAUGCACUUUUACGCAUGUCCGCCUCUGUCUACUUUUUAACUGUCUAAUAUAUUUAGUAUCAAGAUGGUAACUAAAUAUCCACAGUUUAUUCCUUAAAUAAAAUUUAACUUGAUGUGCAGACGCAGACAUAAAAAAAUGUCAAAUAGGAAUCCCUUUAAAGUACUAAAUACAAAUCCGUAAAAGUGAUGUGCAUAUAGAAAAAAAAUGAAAUAAGAUACCAACAUGUCUGCACACAUAUCGCAUUAGUGCAGAUGUCAUAAAUCAUGAUGAGGUUGACAUUGUUACAUUUUUUAUUUUCUUCUUUAAGGUAAUUCUGGACAUUUGGAUCUGAAUUUUUAGCUCACCUGAGCAAGUGAGUUUUUCUGAUCUCUCGAUGUCCGGCGUCUGUCGUCUAUCUGUCUGUCGUCUGUCUGUCCGUCAACAUUUAGUUUGUGUAUGCGAUAGAGGCUGUAUUCUUCAACUGAUCUUCAUUAAAUUUGGUCAGAAUGAUUACCUUGAUAAAAUCUGGGCCGAGUUGAAAAAUGGGUCAUCUGGGGUCAAAAACUAGGACACUAGGUCAAAUCAAAGAAAAACCAUUGUGUAUGCGAUAGAGGCUGUAUUUUUCAAUUAAUCUUCAUGAAUUUUGGUUAGAAUGAUUGCCUUGAUCAAAUCUAGGUCAAGUUCGACUAUGGGUCAUCUGAAGUCAAAAAGUAGGUCAUUAGGUCAAAUCAAAGAAAAACUUUGUGUAUGCGAUAGAGGCUAUAUUUUUCAACUGAUCUUUAUAAAAUUAAGUCAGAAUGAUUGCCUUGAUGAAAUCUAGGUCAGGUUUGAAUAUGGGUCAUCUUGGGUCAAAAAGUAGGUCACUAGAUCAAAUCAAAGAAAAACUUUGUGUAUGCGAUAGAGGCUAUAUUUUUCAACUGAUCUUCAAGAAAUUUGGUCAGAAUAAUUGCCUUGGUGAAAGUUAUAUCAGUUUUGAAUAUGGGUUAUCUGGGAUUAAAAAGUAGGUCACUAGGUCAAAUCAAAGGAAAAACUUGUGUAUGCGAUAGAGGCUGUUUUUUUAAUUGAUCUUCCUGAAAAUAAGUCAGAAUGAUUGCCUUGAUGAAAUCUAGGUAGAAUUUGAAUAUGCGUCAUCUGGGGUCAAAAAGUAGGUCACUAGGUUAAAUAAAAAAAAAACCUCGUGUAUGUGAUAGAGGCUGUAUUUUUCAACUGAUUUUCAUGAAAUUUUGUCAGAUUAUUAACCUUGAUAAAAUCUAGAUUAAGUUUGAAUAUGGGUCUCCAGGGCUUAAAAACUAUGUCACUAGGUCAAAUCAAAGAAAAACCUUGUGUAUGCGAUAAAGGCUGUAUUUUUCAAUUGAUCUUCAUGAAAUUUUGUCAGAAUGAUGGCCUUGAUAAAAUUUAGGUCAAGUUUGAAUAUGGGUUAUCUGGGUUCAAAAACUAGGUCAUUAGGUCAAAUCAAAGAAAACCUUUGUGUAUGCGAUAGAGGCUGUAUUUUUUAAUUUAUCUUCAUGAAAUUUGGUCAGAAUGAUAACCUUGAUGAAAUCUAGGUCAAGUUUGAAUAUGGAUCAGCUGGGGUCAAAAACUAGGUCACUAGGUCAAAUCAAAGGAAAUACUUGUUUUUGCUCCAAUUUUAAUGAUAAUUGGUCAGAAUACUUUUUUCAUGAAAUCACUAGGUCAAACAUGUUUACACUGUUAUGGUGUAAUAUGGUGUGUUUCUCAGGUGAGCGACCUAGGGCCAUCUUGGUCCUCUUGUUUCUACAAUGUGGAAUUUGAUUAAACUUCAGAAUAUGUGGUGAAAUAAAAUGUAUGGCUCCGUGAGCUUAUGUUUGAGAUAUUUGAAUAUUUCACGCUAAUUCUAAGAUACUUUUUUAAUUAUUUAACGUGCCAUAUAUUUUUAGCCCACCAUCAUCAGAUGGUGGGCUAUUCAAAUCACCCUGCGUCCGUGGUCCGUCGUCCUUCCGUCAGUCCUUCCGUCCGUCCUUCCGUCCGUUAACAAUUUCUCGUUAUCGCAUCUCCUCAGAAACUACUGGGGGGAUUUUGACCAAACUUUGUCAAAAUGAUGUAUUUGUACCCUAGUUGUGUCCCCCUGAAAAUCAGACUGGUUCAACAAUUUUUGAGUGAGUUAUGGCCCUUUAUUUAUUUUCAUAAUUUACACAGAUUGAUAUAGGGAAAAACUUUGAAAAUCUUCUUGUUCAAAACCACAGGGCCUAGGGCUUUGAUAUUUGGUAUGAAGUAUCAUCUAGUGGUCCUCUACCUAGAUUGCUCAAAUUAUUUCCCUGGGGUCAAAUAUGGCACCACCCUGAGGGUCACACGGUUUACAUAGACUUAUAUAGGGAAAAACUUUGAAAAUCUUCUUGUCCAAACUACAAAGCCUAGGGCUUUGAUAUUUGUAAUGUAGCAUCAUCUUGUGGUUUUCUACCGAGUUUGUUCAAAUUAUCCCCCUAGGGUCAAAUAUGGCCCCGCCCUGGGGGUCACAUGGUUUACAUAGACUUAUAUAGGGAAAAACUUUGAAAAUCUUCUUGUUCAAACCACAAAGCCUAGGGCUUUGAUAUUUGUAAUGUAGCAUCAUCAAGUGGUUUUCUACCAAGUUUGUUAAAAUUAUUCCCCUAGGGUCAAAUAUGGCCCCUCCCCGGGGGUCACAUGGUUCAUAUAGACUUAUAUAGGGAAAAACUUCUUUUUGUCGAUAACCUACAACAUUCAAAUUUGGACCACAUAUAUAGUUUUGAGAAGCAAGAUGAACCUUGACAUGAGUUGACCUUGAUCUUGACCUAGUGACCUACUUCCACAUUUCUGUAGCUACAGCCUUCAAAUUUGGACUGCAUGCAUAGGUUUGUGUCCCGAAACAAACUUUGACCUCGACAUUGACCUAGUGACCUACUUUCACAUUUUUGAAGGUAUAGGCUUCAAAUUUGGACCACGUGCGUAGUUUUGUGUUCCGGAAUGAAAUUUGACCUUGAUUUUGACCUAGUGACCUACUUUCACAUUUCUCAAGCUACAGCCUUCAAAUUUGGACCGCAUGCAUAGUUUUGUGUACCGAAAUGAACUUUGAUCUUGAGAUUGACCUAGUGACCUACUUCCACAUUUCUGAAGCUACAGGCUUCAAAUUUGGACCACAUGCAUAUUUUUGUGUUCUGAAUUGAAAUUUGACAUUGAUUUUUACCUAGUACCUACUUUCACAUUUCUCAAGCUACAGCCUCCAAAUUUGAAGCACAUGCAUAGUUUUGUGUACCAAAAUGAACUUUGACCUUGAAAUUGAUCUAGUGACCUACUUUAACAUUUCUCAAGCUACAGCUUUCAAAUCUGAAACACAUGCAUGGACCACAUGCACAGUGUUCUGUACCGAAAUGUAAUUUGACCCUGAUUUUGACCUUGAGCUAAUCUUGAAAUUUGGAACAUUCAAAAAUGGCUCAAUGGUGGGCGCCAAGAUCACUCUGUGAUCUCUUGUAAUAUCAUAUUAUAACUUUAGAAAUAUAGUAACAGUGCCAUUCUAAUAAAUUUACUCACAAGUUUGGAUUAAUUCAUAGAAUCAUUUUCAUUUCCAUACGCCGAAUCCAGGCUUUAUUCUAAGUUUUUCGAAUAAAUUACGCUAUACUAUCACUUCCAGUUUACCAAACGUGCAGAACUACCUUAAAUAGAAGAAUGAGUUAAUCAAAAACAAAUACGAUUUUAAAAACAUAGUUAAGCAGUUUUCAAUGCCUUUUACAGUGAUAUUUAGUGAGCCUUCUAUGUUUGAAGCUGCAUAAUGGUAGUUAAGUCGGAAAAAUCGGGUCUGUCUGCUAUAUUUGAAGCUACAUAAUAGCAAUCAAUUUUGCAAAAUGUGUAUUUACAUUUGAAUGACUUUGGAAAUACAAUGACAAUGCACCAUGGUAUUGUUACAUUUAUGUAUAGGCACAAGGUACCAAAUAUUUUGAGGUCCCUAUACGAUUGAAGAGAUAAGAGGUUUGUAAUACCUCUUAAUAGAAAAAGGAGGCUAUUGUUUGUUCCAGUAAAGGACUGAAAUAUCUUUCACGAGUGAAUAUUAGUUGCAUAGCCAAGAGUAAAAAUGUAAGGUAUAGUAUUCAUGACUGGAAGCUAUUUUGGUCUUUCAUGUAAAAUAAACAAAUUUUCUUUUUAUUUCAUGUAUUAACUAAUUCAAACCAAUUUAAAGUUUCUUACAAGUGGAAAAUAUAUUUGAUAUUUUUACCGCGGAAAUACCAGCUAUAAUUUUUGCAAGAUAUGUAAUUGUCUAUAUUCGAGAAAAUAUAAAACAAUAAUGUCGUGGUUGUAGUAUAUAUACACCCAAAUGUUAUUUCAGACAAAACUUGGUGAAAAAUGAUGUAUUUGGUCAUGAUUCUUUUAAAAUAAUAAUGAAAAUACUGAUAAUACCACAGUUCAGAUUUAGAAUAGAAUAGCCAGCCACGACAGUGCCGUUAUUCAUGACAUUAUAAAAAUUCCGCUCGCGGUCCCAAAAAGACGUACAUGGGUUUUUUAUUGUCAACCUAUAUUUUCGGUUAGUAUACAUGUCGCAUUGUGGAACAAUUAUUUUCGAUUUGCACUUAUUUUCGAUUUACACUAACACUCUUAAAUACACUUUAAAAACGCAACAUUUACAGAGCUCCGAGUUACUCACUUUUGAUUAAAAGUUUAUAUGAACGUUGCAUCAUAUAUGACACAUAUUUGACAAAUAUAACAUGCUAUUUGCAUAUUAAACGAAACUAUAAAAAUGAAAGUCACACUGUGACAAAAUAAUCAUUGGUUAUUUCUACUUGUGUUAUAAAAUGAUGUGCCUUGAGAUGGAGAAGUCAACAUUAUCCUUAUCUAUACAUUUAUAGAAACACUGUUUAUAAGUGCGACUGUUAAUAGAGAAGGAAUUUUCAUGAUUAUUAUUAUUAACUCAUAUAUUGCAUCAAAUUUAUCACAGACCGGAAAUCGCGAUAAAAGCCUUACGUUAUUUACUCCGUUUUCAUGUAUAUAUAAACGAUUUCAAAAUUAAACAUAAGAAAUCAUACGAUACAGGUUUCAUUAUGUUUACUUUGUUUUCAAGCCUAUUGCUUCCAAUAUUCAAAUUAACAUGUUUGCGGAAUAUAAAAAUGUGUUGCCUUUUUAAAGCGGUCUAGUACACUUCAAAACGUGAUCGUACAGGUUAAACUGCAAAGUCUUGUCUCUGAUUCUGAAAUAUUUAUAGUGAGGUUCUGUCAUGUUAUUUUCAUUUUUACCACAAACCCAUUAUACGUUUGAUAUUCCGAAUGCUUACAAAAGCAUGUACGCGAGUCUCUGGCACGAAUCCAAUCCAUUUUUGCUUACUAAUUAAUCAGGCAUUCUGAAAUUUCCAAUGCAUAUAUUUAAUUAACAUUUUUUAAAUUAACUUUUUUGGAACAGUAAUUUUCAUUAAUUUAUCUUGAAAUUAAAUAACUAUAAUUCUUUGAAAACAAUCGAAAGAAACUUUUGAAUAUUUUAGAGAUUUCUUUUUAAUUUCGAUAAUUGUUUUGGAAAUGGUAAUGGUAUUUUCCGGUGUAAAUUAUCGUAGAAUUUCGAUCAACUGCAGUGUUGUUUCACUUUGCUGCUUGACUCGUAUAAAGUCUCUGCCCUGUCAAUUUUUCUACAAUCAGACAUUGCCAUACGAUAUACAGGUUCCGACAUCAUUUAACAUUAAGUUCAGUAGGGUUUGGUGAAGGUUACAAUGCCACCUCCCUGUUCAAUUUUGUAUCAACGUUUGUAAGACUUUAAAAUGUUUCAUGCAAGGAAUGCAGCGAAGACUUGCAAUAAUGCGUUUGAAAGCCAGGUUAGGUGUGUGAUAAAUUACACUCGUGAAAUUUUGAAUGACUACAAUAUGUAUAAAUUACAAAUAACGUCAGCGCGUUUCUUGAAAUUCAUCGAUCGUAGGUGCAAAACAACCUGUUACUUGCUAUUGAAAAAGCUAUUUUCAUUUUACAUAUACAGAUCAAAUAACAUGUAAAUUGAGUUGCUUUUGAAUGUGGUUUUUUUUCACAUUAUUGUUGAAAAAGAUAUCAUUAUGGUGGUGGCGGCCUGAAUAAAACGUUUUUACGUCACCAAAACACAAGUUUUUAUGUACUAGCACGAAAAUAAAAAAAAAACACUAAAAAUAAUAAAAAAUAAAUAAAUAAAUAUAUCAAAAUAUGAAAGAAAUGAUGAUUUUAAAUUGCGGGUCCGUUAGCGUAAUAUUGUCAAGACCCGGUAUUAAAUCAUGUUUAUGACGAUUCAGACUGUGAAAUCACCGUCAAUUAAGGAUAAAUGGAAAAGUAGUCCAUAUGUAUAUAGGGCAAACAUUUUUCCUACGGGCAGAAUUUCUUUACACUUUGUGUACUGACUGAGAAUCAAGUUUGAAACGGAAAUAUGUAUCAAAAAUCAUAGGUACCCAAGCUUGAUAUUGAAUUAUCUGCUCAUGAAAAUUGGAUUGUUUUAGUAUUUUCUGACUUUUCUUUUUUGCCCUACAAACAUAUAGGCAACUGUCCCAUUUAACCUUAAGCAAACGGAAAAUUUGCGUGUUUACUGAAUUGUAGUAAAUUAUUAGAUUUUGCAUUUGAAAAUAAUGAAACUAAUUUUAUGGUUGCAUUUUUGUGUGUUGGAUGUAUUUUUCAUUUGUUGAAAACAUUUCUUAUCACAUGUAACAAAUCGCUAAGAUUGAUAGCGAGAAUCCAGAUUACUUUUAAACACUCUAUCUUAGGUAUCUGAUAUAUUUAUAUCUUUCUGAACAUAGUUAGAGAGCGUUUAAGUGAAGUAAUAAUUUAUUCGUAAGUGCGUGAACACAACCCUGAAUUUGAAAAGAUUCGUAAGUAUUAGCAGAGAUAAUAUUACCUUUGUUACCUUUGUUACACAUGUGUAAAAUAUUCAACAGGAAUGUCCGAAUUUCCACAUUUAAAUGAAAUCGAAUGUUUAUAAAAAAUCUUUUUUUUUAAUUUAUACAGCACUUCUUUAGGGGAAAUCAAAUAUAUAUAUAUUCGUAAGUAUUAGCAGAGAUAAUAUUACCUUUGUAAUGUUUGUUAAACAUGGUACAUGGCCUUUCCAAUCGGUAUUACAAGAGACUAUGAUAUACAAGUAUAAAAAUCAUCACAUAUUUAAAAUAUCACAAAAGCUCUCAUAUUUCAUACAAUAUACAUCAUUUAUAUGUUGCCCCUAUUAUGGGGACAUGGAACCGUAACUUUUUGCUGUAAAAUGCUUACUAAAAUAUCACAUAGAGCGAAGAACAAUGAAUAAAUAAAGAAUGCAUUCAUCCACUGAUAUUUUCAGCUAUUUAGUCAGCGAUAAGCAUUUAGCAUUUAUUGUUUCAACAAUUAGCAUUUACCAUCGUCAGUUACCAUUUGACAGCCAAUAUACGAUUCAAGCAUUUGGUAAAAAGCAUUUUGCAUUAACGAUUUGCCAUUUUGCAUUCAGCAAUUAGAAAGGCGCAUCGGCCUUCCGCAGGUAUAUAGCAUUUGGUACGUUGCAUUAUGAAAGGCCAGUGUACCAUGGUAAUGGCCAAUUGAUAAAUGCCAAAUAAUGACAAAUUCAACUACUUAAUGCGAAAUGGCAUUUUUUAAUGCUAAAUGCGAAAUACUUUAUGCUCAAUAUUACAUACAUCGCAUUUAAUAUUACAUAUUUGUCAUUUUUGCAUUACGUAAUUGGCAUAUAGCAUUAAAAUAUUUGCUAUUUAGCAUUUGGCAAUUAGCAUGGUGCAUCGGUCUUUCAUUGUUAUAUAAUUAUGUCACUCGUUUUCGAAAUAUUCUUCGUUAGGUAUUUGGCAUUUGGCAUUAUUAUUUGGUAUUCAGCAAUUGACAAUUUGCAUGGCGCAAGGGACUUCCAUAGCAAGAUAAGAAACAAGAUAAAACAAUAAAGAUGUUGUUAUUGAGACACGGCUUUGGAUAGGUUGAACAAAUGUAGGAAACCCGUUAGAUUCAAUGAGGCAUACGCUUUUAUGUGAAACUUGGAAUAGUUUACAAGUAUCGUCUUUCAGCAUAUCAGGGUUCGAUCCUUCGGUGGCAAGGCCAUUUCAUGUCGCAUUUAUCAAACAUUCCCCUAUUACAAAAACAUAUCUUGUUGCAGUUUUUACUAAAACGAAUCAGACUAGACUGGGCUGGGCUAGCAAAGCCUUCAUGUUUUGACAGAAGGUCAAUUGUCUUUUUUAAACUUAGUAUCGUGUAUGAAAGUUAUCGUCGACUAUGUUAUGAUUUUUAAAUUAAAUUAUCUGAACAAUCGAAAUAAGAUUUCGUGUGAUCGAAAUAAGACAUCGUGAAUUCGAAAUAGAAUCCCGUGCAUUCCAGAAAAGAUAUUGGUGCUCGAGAUAAAAUGUCAUAGUGUAGUUUCGACCUAAAACAGUUUGAAGUACCGUGGCGAGUACCGCGUCGAGGCCCAAACCUUUAAAUAUCAAAUCAAUUACAUUCGGAAAAACAAACAUGCAGUUCAGAACAGUAUGUAAUUUCUAAACCCUUCCCAUAGUCCACACAGCGCAUACUCUGGCAUGCACGCACACACCUAAAUCUUAUCUCAGGUAGUUAUGGCCCCUGAACGUACCUUAGUUAUUUCUUUCGUUAUUUGCUGCUACAAAUAACGGUCGGCUAGCUUUUGCGACAUGUAACGUUAAAGGUGCGACAUACAGCGGCAGAUGAUUUUGUGACAUUUAACAGUGCUUGCGACAUUUAGCGGUGUUGCGACAUUUGACUGGGGACAUUCGUAUGCUAUCGACAGAAUUCUAGUUUUGUAUGUGCAGAAGCCCCUCCAAAACCAACACAGUAACCCUCUUUAAAAGAACACGCGAUAAUGGACAAACGCUGUUACGAUGUUUCAACGGUAACUUAAUUUUCUAACAGGUCUGUGUAUCAAAUGCCUUACACUGAGCAUAACCGUCAGCUGCCGGUAGCUUAACCCAGCAUUCAAGCUCGACAUUCAUUUUUGUCGAGCCCGCUUGCGGAGGCGAAGACAUAGUUGACCAAUGUCUGUGUGUAUAUGCGUGCGUGCGUCCGUGCGUCCGUCCGGAUUUGUUUGUCCGGACCAUAACUUUGACAUGCAUGGAGUAAUCUUGUUCAUAUUUGGUAUGAAUGUUAACCUCAGUGAGACGGAGUGUCAUGCGCAAACCCCAGUUCCUAUCUCAAAGGUCAAGGUCACACUUACAGGUCAAAGGUCAAAUUCAAAAAUGACUGUCCGGAGCAUUUCAUGGAGUGUCAUGCGCAAGAUCCUAGAAUUACUUCCCUUUGUUGUUACUAUAAAUAGCUUAUAUUUGUAACUGUUUCAUUACUGGUCGUAGGGAAAAAAUAAGACCACUUUUCUGUAGUACAACAUGCAUGUUACAUCCAAUUUUCUACUCUCUACUGGUGCGGAUUUUUGUGUGGACUUAGAAUUUCUUUUUUUUUUUUUUUUUUUUUUUUUUUUUUUAAAUUUACGUUCCUUUGUUGUUACUUUAAAUAACUUAUAUUGUAACUUUUUGCAAUCUCUUUUUUAUUUGGCAUAAAUGUUUGCCUCAAUGAGACAAGGAGUGUCAUGUACAACUCCCAGUCCUUUUGACAGCUGGCGGGCUCGACAUAUGGCCGUGGGCAUCUAGUUUACUAUGUAAAGUUAAAUUUCAACUGCCGAGCCUGGCAUUCCAGCUCUAUAAUUUUUUUGUUCAGUCAUAUAAAAAUUGAUGCCGGUGGCCGUGCUCGGUUUUCGUUUUUCGCUAUAUAAAUGCGAUGCUGAUAGCUCUCCUAGAGCCACCGUCUCUCACAUUACUGAACAAAUGCGGAUACGGACUAUUCUAUAUUUAAAGUUGCUCUUUAGAAAUCAGUCUCAAUAUCUUAAAUUAUUUUAAUUAAUUACUAGUAACAACUACGUAGUCAGUGUUGCAACAAGACCGGGUAACUAUAUGUGGAACAUUUUUCAUAUCACUCUCUCAGGAAUGCAAUAUCUACAUAAUGUCAUAUUAUAAAUGACAAAAUUUCCAACACAAAGAAUUAAAACCUAUGACAAAAAUAACAUAGAUAAAUUCAAAUUGAUAAUUUUUAUUUCCGUUAAUUUUGCAUCAUUUAUGAAAUCAUCAGGUUUUUUUUCUUGUUGUAAACAUAUCUAGCACUGUUUCGUGAUACUUUGUAAAUACAUUGAAAUGAAAAUUAAAAUGUUUAGCAAAAGCAUCAGGUGCAGUGUAACUUUCUGUUAUUCAGUUCCGAAUUUGACAAAUCUGGCCUCGAUAUUCAAUGGAAACUGUGGAAUAUCAAAUGAAAUGGGUUUUUUUUUUUUUGUUGCUGUUGUUGUUAUUUUUGUUUUGUUUUGUUUUUAUUUAACGUCGCACCGACACAUGAUAGGUCAUAUGGCGACUUUCCAGCUUUAAUGGUGGUGGAAGACCCCAGGUACCCCUCCGUGCAUUAUUUCAUCACGAGCGGGCACCUGGGUAGAACCACCGACCUUCCGUAAGUCAGCUGGAUGGCUUCCUCACAUGAAGAAUUCAAAGCCUCGACUGAGGUUCGAACCAACAUCGAUGAGGGGCAAAUAAUUUGAAGUCAGCGACCUUAACCACUCGGCCACGGAGGCCCCUCAAAUGAAAUUUAUGCUUGACACUUUCUUUUUAUGUCUUGCGUUGCUUUUGAUAUGUUUCAGUAAAAUCCAGAUCAGUUAAAAUUUUCGAAGCUUUUGGGUUAAUAAUAAAUUUUGUUUUGGAUACCUUAGUUCACUAGCAUAAUGUAUAAGAAUGUUGUUACUGCUAUGUGUAUUGUUUUACAACAUAUUCACUAUAAACACAACAACAUAUUAUGUUUUAUCAAUGCAUAACAAAUAUAUAACCAGAUUUCAAAUUGACAUGAAUGAUGAAAUGAUGAGUUUUACCAUUAUAUUUUUAGAACAAUUUGAUCAAAAGUUAUUAAAGAAGUUAAUAAUACAUUUAUUUUUCUUUUCAGAGAAUUAUAACAAACGUUAUGUAAUUAUUAUUUAUAGUUUUUAUUGUAUUUGUAUUUCGUACCAUUUAUUUGAUCUUGCCUGUGUAAUAUUUUUCCUUUUUUGCAACCAAUGAUAAUAAUCUUCAUAGAGUUUGUUGCAGUGAUUCGGGCACAUGGCUAUAUAUACAUUCUCUGCAGAUACCGGCUUAAAAGUCAUUUUGCCUAUCCAAAUCAGUUUUGAUUUGGAAAUUUCAGGCUUGUUGUCUUGUCAGCAUGAUGUCCCAUUAAGAAUCAGAUAAUGUGUAUUUAUGGCACUGGCCAUCUGAUAAGCUUGGAACCUGGUACAUGUGCGCAUUAAUGUUUAAAAGCAACUAGUUAAGCCUCAUAAGCGAAUACUCAAUAGAUUUUGUAUACGCGUAUUAAAAGUACACCAUUUACUAUAUCCCUCACACGAUCAAGAGAACUUGAAAGCGACAUUUUAUGAUAACUGUUUUCAAGAUUUCAAGAUUUUAUUUCAACUUAUCUAUGGUGGCCUCUAAAUAUAGACGAUUAUGUACAAGAAAAUGUAACACCUGAUUUCAUUGGUCAGUGGAUUUGGUGCAGUCUGGUAUUUAGUAUGAUCCUAGGGUCAUACUAAUUCAAUUGUCUUAAAGCUAAAUAAUAUGUCUUUAAGUUUAUUCAAUUUAGUACGACCCAGGGUCAUACUAACUGGAAUAUGUCCGACCCUGGGUCGUACUAAAGAUGGCUGCUGUAAUUGAGGGUCAUACUAAAUCGGAAUUGUCUUAAAGCUUAUUAGAAUAUGUCCGACCCAGGGUCAUACUAAUUGGAACAUGUCCGACCCAGGGUCGUACUAAAGAUGGCUGCUGUAAUUGAUGGUCAUACUAAUUCGGAGUUUUCUUAAAGCUAAUUGGAAUAUGUCCGACCCAUGGUCAUACUAAUUGGAAUAUGUCCGACCCAGGGUCGUACUAAUCCGAAUUGUUUUAAAGCUAAAUAGAUUUAUCUUAAUUCAGGGUCGUACUAAUUCGAUUUAGUAUCAUACUAAUUGAAAUUGUCUUUUCCUGGGUCGUACUAAAGAGAAUUCCUAUAGUUUUUUUCCUUUCAUAGAAUUUUUUUAAUUCACAUAUAUGAUAGGAAAAUUUGUGCUGAAAACAAUGAACAAAUAAAAAUAAUGGGUCA